AGAGAAUAAAUUAUUAAUUUCCCCUUCAGCAGAGAACGAACCAUCAACUCUUGCAUCAACAAAGAGUCAACCAUCAAUUUUAGCUACAAAGGCUACAGCAGUGGAUCAACCAUCAUAUCUAGCUACAAAUGGAGAGGAUCAUUCAUCAAAUCUAGCUACAGCAGAGGAUCAGUCAUUAACUUUAGUUAUUGCAGAGGUUGAUCCAUUGACUCAAUCUACCAAAGAGGAUCGACCUCUAAAUUUAGCUACAAGAGAGGAUCGGCCAUCAAAUCUCGCUACAUCAGUGGAUCAACCAUCAUAUCUAGCUACAUUAGAGGAUCAGCCAUCAAUUCUAGCUACAUUAGAGGAUCAACCAUCGAUUUCAGCUACAGCAGAAGAUCAUCCAUCAACUCUAGCUAUGACAGAGGUUUAUCCAUUUGCUCUAGUUACAAACAAAAAUCAACCAUCAAUUGUAGCUACUCAAGAAAAUCAGCCACCAAAUCUAGUUACAGCAGAGGGUGAACCUUCAGCUCUAGUUACCACAGAGAAGCAACCAUCAAGUCUAGCAACACAAGAGGAUCAACCAUCAAUUCAAGCUACAGAAGAGGUUCAACCAUCAAUUCUCGCUAAAAAAGAGGAUGUUCCAUCAAUUCUAGGCACAGCAGAAGUUAAACCAUCAAUUCUAGCUACAGCAGAUGAUCAACCAUCAACUCUAGGUACAGGAGAGGAUCAGCCAUUAAUUCAAGCUAAAGCAGAGAAUAAACCACCAAAUCUAGCUACUUCAAAAGAUGUUCAACAAUCAACUCUAGGUAUAGUAGAGGAUAAAUCACCAACUCUAGCUACAGCAGAUGAUCUGCCAUUAACUCGAGCUACAAUAGAGAAUGACCCAUCAACUCUAGCUACAAAAGUGGACAAACCAUUAAAUCUAGCAACUGUAGAUGUCCAUCAAUCAACCCUAGCUUCGGCAGAGGAUCAGCCAUCAAAUCAAGCUGCAGCAGAGAAUAAACUAUCAAAUCUAGCUUCAACAGAGGAUAAACCAUUAAAGCUAGUUACUCCAGAUGUUCAUCAAUCAACCCUUGCUACAGCAGAGGACCAACCAUUAACUCAAUCCACAGUAGUGGAUCAGCCAUUCAAUCAAGCUACAGCAGAGAAUAUACUAUCAAAUCUAGCGCUAAUAGAGGAUAAAGCAUCAAAACUAGUCACCCCAGAUAUUCAACAAUCAGCCCUUGCUACAGCAGAGGACCAACUAUCACAUCAAGCUACAGCAGAGAAUAAACCAUCAGAUCUAGCUACCUCAGAUAUUCAACAACCAACCCUAGCUACAUCAGAGGAUAAAUCAUCUAGGACAGAUGUUGAACCAUUGACUCUAGCUACAGCAGAGAAUUGUUCAUCAAGUCUAGCUCCAAAAGAGGAUAAACUGUCAAUCCCAGCUGCAACACAGGAUCAACCAUCUACUCUAGCUAUAACAAAGGUUGAACCAUUAACUCUAGCUACAACAGGGAAGCAAUCGUCAAAUCUAGCUACUACAGAGGAUCAACCUUCUACUCUUGGUAUAACAGAGACUAAACCAUUUAUUCUUGCUACAAAAGAGGAUCAACCGAUUCCAGCUACAAUAGACAACACUUUGUCAACUACAACAGAAGACAAACUAUCAAUUCUAGCUACAGCAGAGGAUCAACCAUCGAAAUUAGCUAUGACAGAAGUUGGACCAUCGACUCUAGAUACAAAAGAGGAGAAAUCAUCAAUUUUAGCUACAGCAGAGGAUCAACCAACUGUGCUAGCUGCAUCAAUGGAUGGACCCUCAACUCCUGUAGCUGUAGCAAAAAAUAGGCCAGCACAUGGCAAUGUAGCAAAUGCUUCUCCAUUCAACAUUGAGCUUAUGGAGAAUUUUAAAAGAACUAAUAUAAAGGCAGAUAUAAAUAAACCACCCAGCAGCCUUUUGAGAUCUCCCAUGUCACCAAGAUUUAUGUCUACAAAUUCAAAGAUAUCAUCAAGGACAGAUGGCAUAUCUUCACAAACAGGUGUAUCCAUCAGAAACAUCGGAAAUAGGAGCUCUGGUAGUCAAACAGAAAGAUCAUAUCAUGGUGUAGGAAUGCAAACAGAUGCUUUACCAUCAUUGUCAAUGGUUACACAGACUGCUAGGGUAGCAACGAAGGAUGCUAACACUGGGCCACUAUCUCCUGUUGUGCCUAGAAAGACAACACAUGAGAUUGCAGUUGGGCCUGAUAACCAAAGCAGUAACAACAAAACCAAUGGAGUAAACACAGCUACUCAAAGUUCUAAGUACCUUAAAUCUCAAAACAAAGCCUUGGUUAGUGGCACUUGCCAAACUGAUGGGGAUGAACACAAUGUUAUUGUAGAUAGCAAUGACACUGUAAGUGAUAUCUCCCACCAAGAUAGUGAUCUUAGUUUUGAGUACAUUGUACCACCACUUAGAAGAUCACAAAGCCUUGUUGAACUGGGUCCAAUUGCAGAUGAAAUUCAAAAUGAAAUGGAUGAGCCAGUGGAGACAUUGAGACCAGCUAUAAGAGCUACACCAAUGUUAAGAAUUCGAAGUAGAAGCUUAGAUGAUAUAAGACCAGUGUUUCAUCCAUCCAUCUAUGGUAUCCUCAACCAGACAUUUGGAACUCAGACUGGUGAGUCAUUGUACAGCAUUCUUAAUGCCACAGAAUCCAUACAAACUGAAGCCUUCUUGGAUAUAAUUGCCAGAGGAAUGGAGACCCAAACUGGAGAAUCUAUGUUAGAUCUAUUGGACCCUGUUCUUGCAACGCAGACAACAUUGAUUGCAACACAGACUAGUUCUAUGCAAACUGGUGAAUCAUUACUUGAUAUUUUAAAUGGGACUGACCAUGAGGACAUGAGUUGUCAGACGGAUGAAUAUAUUGAGAAGAUCCUACUGGAUACAGCUGCAGAUUUUGGUUUUUAUUCUGAAAGACCACUAUCAAUGGCUGAUGCCCAAACUGGAACAUCUAUGUGGUCUUUGGUAGGGUCUGACAUGGAUCUCGCAUCUCCUGUUGGUUCUUUUCCAUCCCCUGAGUUAGAUGAUGAGCUAUCAGAUGUUGAACCUGAAAAUAAACUGGUAUAUCCAGAGAAGCGUAAACUUAAACAGCAGCGCAGGAAGAUACCAAAUCUAAAUAUUGAUGUCAAUUUAAAUGUGGACUAUGAUUUGCACAAUCCUAACUUAGAUCCUUUGAAAUUGGAGCAUGAGAGAAUGAUGGAGAUGCUGAGGAAAUCAAAGCAAGAACGUGAGCAAAGGAAAAAAGAUCGCCAACAAAAAAACAUGACUUGGCCUCAUCUUUUCAAUAAAUCUGACCAAAAUGAAUUGGAUCUAUCUACACAGUUAACUGGUUCAUUAGAGCCUGUUGAUACAUCAGUGAGACCAGAAAUGUUUGACACGAUAGAUCAAUCAACAGACAACUCAACAUCAAUCAAAACCUCUGAGCAGUCUCUAUCUGAACAAUCUGAUGUUUCUAAAAAUGCUCAGCAACAGCAUAGCUCAAUGUCAUCCUUAUCUCUUGAACCUAUUCAGGAUAGAAUCCUACUUGAACAGCUUGAUGAAUCCAGAAAAACAAAUGAGGCCGAGGAAACACCAAACUUGGAUAUUGACAUAAAUGAGGAAGAGAAGAACCAUAUGGCUAUAUCAUGUGACAUUCAAGAUGUUGGAGACCAGCAAAGCUUUGCAUUUGAGCUAUCACCAAUUGUGCUUCAACCAAGAACUCACACAACUAGCUCACCAAUCAGUGAUGUCCUGUCUCAGACAGAUGAUGGGCCUAUGAGUGUUGGGGAUGAUGGUGUGUUCUUUGAAACCAUCAACCAGACAUCCACUCCUUCAAAACCUCACUGUGCUACUCAAUCUACAGGGGAGGAAUUUCCUUCAAGUGACACACAGGCUCAUGAGUCUAAUCAGGUUGGGCUAGAUGAAAAUGGAAAAUUGUUCACUAGUGCAUUAAGUGCAAAUAGUGCAGUACAAGCCAACAUCUCAUCUGAUAUCACUGAUGACUUCACACAGACUGACCUCUGUGAUAUAUCCCUGUCUCCUGGAAGUGACACACAUUCUAUAGCCAUAGAGACCAGGCACCAGGAGCUGAAUGAUGAACUUGAGAAGCUGAGACGUGAACGAGAGCGCAUCAACCAUAUGUUGGCUAAAGAUGUCUGUCCCACUAAGGUCCAGGUUGAAGUAGCUGAAGCCCAGUUGAACUACAUGAUUGGGCAAACUGACACACUCCUUACCAGUGUUGGCUCAGAUGAUUCUGAUGGAGGAAACCAUAAGAAAACAGUUCAUACUGAAGAUCCAGCUGCUACCAUAAGUAGACAGUAUCUCCUCAAAUACAAAUCAAAGCUAGAAAAGGCCAAAUCAGGUAUCGAUUCCAAGAUUAAACAGCUUGAGAGAGAGAAACGUAAAGUUCUGCGUUCAAGGGAGAAAUACAGGGAGAUUGUUCAAAUGAAACGCAAAGCUCAGAUUGAGGCAUUCAAAUUUGAACGACAAAGGGAAGAGCAUGCCCAUAGAUCACAUAGUACUCUGACCCCCUUACACCUUGGAUCACCUGAGUCGAGGUCCACAUCACCUAGUGUGAUGUCACCCAAUAGGCAUAAACAAUACCUGCUGCAGCUGCGCAAAGAUCUGGUGAAUCUUAGUAAGGAAGAUGAUCAGAAGUCCUCUCCUAGACGGGUAGAGAUGCUGGAACAGUCCUACAGACAACAGUACCUUGCUAGUAGGGGCAACAACCAACAUAGGAGAUCUCUAACUGAACCUGGAGACCAACAGUGUAUGUCCCCCAUAUCUGAUACAUUGGAUUCUGUAGCUAGCCCUAGGGUUGAUGUUAACCAUGAAUACCGCAUGAUGGCACCUACUUCUAAAACAUCAUUUGAUGCCUUGCUAAAUCGAGAUAGAUCACCUGUUAAAGCCCCAAACAACACCCACAUUAGCAGCUAUAUGGAACACUUAUAUGAGCUUUAUCCAAACUCAAGAUUACUAUCUGACCAUUCAACCAGUGCCAACUACCAUGCACCACAAAGAGGGCUGUCUAACCAUACAGUGACAGGAGAGACGCUGAUUCAGUUAUCCUCAAGAGCAACUAGAGGUGCUGUAAGCCCAGAGUGUGUUAACAGCUCAGCUGAGACUGGAAGUACAACUGGGUCUUUACAUGAUGAGCCAGUGGCAUUGCUUAAAGAACUUCAGGAUGCCAGAGAACACUCAAGGUCUGAGAUAAGACAAGCAAGGCAUAACCUUAGCCAGACACCACUAGAGAGACUAAGACGACACAGAGCUAUGGAGGCUGGGAAACAUGCUCCAUUAGAUGAGAGAAUAGGUUCAUACAGACAACAGACAAACAAAAUAAUGUCUAAGCUAAACCCAGAGCAAAGGCAGAGGUGGGCCAAGGGCGAGUCUGACGGUUAUUCCUCAACUGAGGAACUAGAGCAAUAUCUACCUCGAGUUGAUCAGGAGAUUGAACUGUUGAAGCACAGAUACAGUCAAAGUAGCAGCAGAUCCAACACCCCAUCAUCUCUUGUCAGUGAUGUCAUAUCUGCCCACGAUAGUUACACUUCUUCUAGGUUGAGUGCCCUGUCUCCUGUGCAAUCUAGACCCUUAUCACACAUAGGUGGCACUGGUAGUCAGCGAAGUUCAGUUGAAUGUGGUCAUUCAAGGGGACAUAGACUUAAUAGGGAUUACUCUAGGUCAUCCAGAGUGCCUCCUGCAACAUCAAGCUCAGUGCUACCAUCUAGUGGAAACACUAGCACCACCAGAGGGCGUUUUAGUCAAAACUGGAAAGAUAUUGACUUGUUUCUUGGAAGAAAAACAACCCAAGAUCAACCAAACAGAGGAAAAACUGUCUUGGAAUUAGAUAAAGAAAUCGACAAAGACAUUGAGAGAAUGUUAGGUGAAACUAUACCAGGGCAACAUAGUAACAUUGAUAGACUCCUGGGAAGGACAGUGUCUUCUUUGAAACAAUCAGAUAAUGCGUCACGAUCUACAGCUGCAAGUGGCUCACAGUAUGGUGCUAUUGGGGGUUCAAACUAUGCCACAACCAGUGCUUCAUACAGUUAUAAGAAUUUACCUUCCAAUUACAUCAAAUCAGGGUCUAUAUUUGAUGGUCAAAGUACAACAUCAAGUGCCACCUCUGCAAAGUAUGAUAUACCUGGGUCUAACAUAUCCACACAAUCAAGAUAUGAACCAAAAGUGUAUGAUCAAACAUCUCCAUCCACCAAAUAUGGAUUCACCUCUAGUAAGUCCAAAUAUGACUCCAGCCCAAGCCGUUCUGAUUAUCACAGACCUAAUUAUAUCUCAAAUCCAUCUGAGUUUGAACAGAUGAGACCGAAGUAUGACUCUACUCCAAUCACACAUGAUUCAAGAACAUCUAGAUAUGAAUCAAGUCCAGAAAGAUAUUACUCAAACCAAAGUAGAUGUGGCUCAAACACAUCAAGAACAUAUGACCUGAACCAGUCCAGGCAAGUGUCAAGCCCAUCAAGAUAUGACUCAAAACCAAAGGGACAUGAUUUAAAUAUUUCUGGAUAUGACUCAAGUACAACGAGAUAUGACUCAGCAUCCACUAGAUAUGACUCUAAUGGUAGCAGAUAUGAACACUCCCCUCUACGUAGUGUUAAUUGCGGAUCCAGGCCAUUAUCUGGAUCAAGCUCUAGUACAGCAUAUGAAGCUCUACAAGCCAGGCGCAGUAAUUAUGACAACCCAACCCGACAUGGAAGCUACAUCUCAGAUGUACACAACUAUACACCUGCUGACACUCAAAGUGUCAUCUCUGAUGUCACAUCUGGUCAUAGUAGUGUCAUAUCUGAUGUCCAUGUAAGUGAAGCUUCAGGGAGCCCCAAUCAUAAAGAGCUUAUCUCAGAUGUACAUAAUGAGACAAAGUAUAAUGCUUAUAAACCCAUAAGUGCAUCUGAAAUCAAGGCAAGAAUUGUGAAGAAACGAAAGGCUGAACAAACCAAAAAGUGACACAAUAAUAUAUAUGGAUAUAUUUAUAUUAUAUAUAACUAUAUAUACAUGUAUAAUAAAAUAAUCCGAAAUAAAGGCAGAGAAUAGUUCUAUAAAUCUGUUCUAUAUAUAUAUUGAUAUAUUCUGUUGUAAAACACAGAAUGAAAUCCUGUGCUAAGCGAUGUUGUAAAAAAGUCAGUUAUUAAUGUAUUACCACUGAACAGGACUGCCUGGUUUU